AUUGGCAAGUACUGAGAACGUGGAAGGGUUUCGUCCACAACGUUGGUGUUGCUUUUUCACUUGCUCAGUUGACGAUAUCUGCUUGUCGGAGAGCGUUGACGUGACGAUAUACCUAUCUUCGGUCCACUAUCUCAGAGGAACUUCAGUCAUAGAUAUCUAACCAGUUAAGAUGCCCAGCCUUCUAUCCUUAGAGAGGUUUUCAGAUAGACGGGCGUCCCCAGAACCUGCACGCGAAUAACGACCGACUUGGCACGGCGGUACAAUGAGCGGUGCUAGCGUCUCGUCUUUUGGAAGCGCGGCAGAGGGCUCAGUAGCAGGAGGUCUGCGGCCUAACGGCUUAAACCCUGGGGAAGAUGACCACAUCUUUGAGGAGCCGCACACAAUACAGCUGGGCGUCUUCGGGGUGCUGUAUACGGUAUCCAAAGAGAAGCAGCUUUCCAGCGUCAAAUUCGCCUUCUUUCGGCUCUUCCUGGACUUUUUGCAGCUUUGGUUGCUGGUUAUUAACCCUAGUUAUGGGUGGAGCAUCAAUGCCAAGAACAAAGCAUGGCAGGUUGUGUCAUUCAUUCAACUCAACGCGUUUCUAUCCGGACGGGGAUACUCUUUUUUCCUUGCGCUCCUGUACGUCUUCGUGGGCUUGCUCGGCGUGAAUGUGACACUCAGUGUGUGGGUGGCGCAUUCGUUUUCGCAAAACCGUUUCGAGUACGUGUGGCCAAUCCAGUUCCUCAGAUGGUUCGGCCUUAUCUUCUACCAGGUGCUAGACAUUGCGACCUUGACGCUGCUGUUGGUGACCCUCGACUGCAACUACUUUAACGUGCCCGAUCAAAUCCAAUUUCACAACCAAGAGUUCCCGGACAUCAUGUGCUGGUCAAUGCCCCACAUUGUCCAUGUGGCGGUUUCCGUGGCCUCAAUUGUGCUGUUCGUAAUCAUGGCGACGUGCAUGGUGGUUAGUGAGAUGGAGCUCAACCCCUUGACUCGCAACUACAUGGCCGUUGCGCACACGCGGGUUGAGGGCUACGGGUUUGCGAUCAAGGCCGUGUUAACGAUUGCAUCGGUGGUCCUGGGCACCAACGUGAAGUGGCUGUCCGUGGUAUACAUCUUCUUCUUCAUAAUUUUGUUCUAUUUAUACGUGAAAUGGGUUCCGUUCAUAUACAGCGCCCUGAACUACGUGCGAUGUGCAUCGAACAGCUGCGUGCUGUACUGUUCGGUGCUGAUGGUGGUGCUGGCGUUUGGGCCCUCAAAUCCGGACGACCCAAAAAGUGCAAAGUUUAGGGAGCACGUGACAUGGGCCAUGUGGGCUGGCAUGGCGCCAUCAGCCAUUGCAGGGGCGCUGCUGUGCCACCUGCGGUUACGGCACUUCUUCAGCCACGUGUUGGGCCGAUUCAGGUCUGCUGAGGCCGGCACCAACUCAAAGGCGAUCUACCGCUUCACGGAUGCACGUGAGGUGGAGAUCACCGCACGCUGCUGCCGGAAGUGGGUGGAUGAGGACACGCUGGAGUCGGAGGCGGUGACCCUGAGCGAGCAGGUCAUAAAGGCGGGCAUGAUACAGCUGCCACAAGAUCCACAGAUGAUCAUCCUCUACUCCUCCUUCCUGAUCGACGUCCAGGGGAGCUACCAGUCGGGGUACACGCAGCUGCAGACCGCCAAGAAGCAAGCCCCGGGGCUGCUGGAGCGCUUCGCCAUCUUCAGUCGCGAGCAGGAGCACACGCAGAAGGCCAGCGGCGCCAACAACGGCGACGCGGCGGUUGACCUGGUGAGCUACGUGGAGUUCCAGCGCAACCACCGGCUGGUGGUGAAGGCGCAUCGGGAGGCGCUGCUGGCCAUGCGGGCCUUUUGGGGGCUGCUGCUGCGGACCAAUGUGGACUUCACCAAUCUCACGAAAGCGCUGCAUCGAAUAGAGGUCAGCGUCAAGGCGGCGGAACGUGCCUACCGCGGCGUGCUGGCGCGCCACGGCAGCAGCGCGCGGCUUGUACGGCUGUACGGCAGGUUCCUGGAGACGGUCAAGUUCGACCCAUGGGCCGCUUCCAAGUGGUAUACGGAGGCGGACCGGCUGGAGGACGAGGCGGAGCACACCAAGGAGGCGCUGCAGCUGGGCGGCGUGGAGACGCUACUGCCGCAGCAAGGCGGCGGCGUGGACCGAGGGAUGACGGAGACGGAGGGGGUGGCCAUCAUCUGCAUCAACGCGCAGGGGACCAUUCAGGUGGCUUCCCCUGAGGCGCAUGCAAUGCUGGGAUACGCAAAGAACGAGUUGAAGGGCAAGGACGUGGGCAUCAUCAUGCCGCCCCCCUUUGGCGACCGCCACACCGCCUAUGUCCGGAACUACAUCCACAAUGGCACCUCUGUCAUGCUGGACAAGGACCAGGAGGUGGUGGUCAUCACCAAGUCCCGCAAGCUCAUGCCCGUCAAGAUGCACGUCAGCAAGGUGUCGGGGCUGAACGAGGACUCCGUCUUCCUGGGGGUGCUGGAGCCCUUGCAGCCCUGCCCCGACGAGGCGCGCACCUGGGUGCUGGGCAACGGCGCCAUCAUUGCGGCCGACGAGCGCUUUUGCGACUGGCUGGGCUAUGCGCCCUCGGACUUGUCAGGGGUGCAGGUGGAGGAGCUGGUGCUGGAGCAGGACACGGUGAAAGAGGCAAUCAAGGGCUUUGGCCGAAUCCUGCCCACCACGCGUCCCCACCCGCACCGCGGGGUCAACCGCCGCUCCUCAAACAUUGGCGAUUUGCUAGCCAUGCAGGCCUCGCCACUCAUGUUUGAAAAGUACGAGAGGUACGACACAAAACACGACGUUUCCAAGCAUGGUGGCCUCGGCGGCGGUGGUGGUGGAGGUGGCGGCGGCGGCGGCGGUGGAGGUGGAGGUCACGGAGGCGCUGCUGGGGUGGUUGGCAAGCUGGGCGGUCACAUGGCAAAUGACUUCAAGACCUGGUUACGGCGGGCAUCCUUUGCGGACCAUGCCAAUACCAUGGCGCCGCCGCCAAUCGGGGCCAGCCCACUGCAUGUGGCAUCGGGCGAGAGCGCAGUGCCGGCGACGCUGUUGCUGCCGCGCAUCUGCUGGCGUCACAAGUUCAAUGACCCGCUGGGGUUUGACACGUCUGUACGGCCGGGCGCCAUCGGCUCCGUCAAGGUGCACUCCAUCUUCCUCCGCCGCUGCGGCACCCCCCCGCCCCCCGGCGCCUCGCCCUACCUGCGCCACCCCGGCCUGCUGUCCUCCGCGCUGUCGCUGCCGCCGCCCGUGUACCACGACAUGCUGCUGGUGGCGGACCACAAGGGGCAUGUGAUGCAUGCCACGGCACCGCUGGCGACGGCGCUGGGCAGGAGCCUGGAGUCCAUACGGGCAGGCGGGCUGGGAAUGCUCAUUCCGGAGCCGGCCAGCAUCCUGCAUGGGCCGUGGCUGCAUGAGCUCUCCACCCCCCAGUCCACCAUGGGCCCCCCGCCGCCCUACAGCUGCCGCAGCGGCGUGGCAGUGAGCCUGUCCACCUACAGCGAGCAGACGGGUCCGGGCGUGAAGCAGUUCCGGGUGUCCGUCAAGCAGCGCCUGGCGGACGGCGGCGGAUCCAAGAUCCACGUCAUGUCAUUCAAACCGCUGACCUUGGAACAGGCGGUCUCCGAGCGCCGUCUCGCCCUCACGCUGGACCUCGCGGGCAACAUCGUGGCCGCAGACGACACCACGCCCGCCGAGCUUUUCGGCACCGACCCGCGCUUCCUUCUGGGCUCCUCCAUCUCGGAGCUUGUGGACCUCUUCCAGGCGGAUCAGCUGCUCGACGAGGCGUUGUACGGCGGCGGCGGACUGGGGGCGGCGGGCGGCAGGGGCGCCGCCGCCGCGGCGGGCAACCCGGCGCUGCAGGAGGAGGAGGACAUCCUGGAGGAUGCGGCGUCCAUGUUCCAGGCCGCACAUGGCCGGCGUGUCACGCGGGCGCUGCUGGAGCUAGCGAAGAGGGCCUCCCAAAACCCUGGGUGCUCCUGGCGUGUGGGCGUGACGUUGCCGCCCGACGAGGCCACUCGCGCCGAGCUCGACGAGCUGGCCCAAGUGGUGGGGCCGGAGGAGACCCAAAUAGCAGCCGAGCUCAUGGGUGCAAGGACCGUACCCGCCGUCAUGACGAUUCGCAUCGUACGGAAGCCCCGCCCGCCCCAACCGCAACCCGCGAACUCCUCCGGCAGCUUCCCGCUGUUUUCGCCCAUUGUUGACGGCGACAGCGGGGGAGGAGGAGGAGGAGGAGGAGGCGCGCCUUUUGGCAGCAGCUUGCGCGUCAGGAUGCAGCCGAGUGGCUUUUUAAGCGCGCCGCAGGUGCAGAUCGCACCGCAGGUGCAGAUUCCGCCGCCGCCGCUGGUCCUACGGUCGCCGGUUAAGCUGGGUGGUGGCGGUGGUGGAGGUGGUGGUGGUGGUGGUUAUGGCCCUUCGCCGCCCACUCCAGAUGCCUCGCAGCCGUUUGCUGCCGGGCGGCGUCUGGGAGUGCCACCCCAGGGGGCGGUGGGCGAGUCGGCAGAGAUCUGUGCGGCGGAGGAUAGUCUUGACGAGGCGUGGCUGCGAAACGGCGGAAGCGGGCGCGGACAUGGUCGUACGGCAAGACCGGUAGCGGAGUCUUUGGAGGCGGUUGCGGAGGAGCCGGCGACUUCGCUGGACGCUGAGGACAUGGCCAUGCUUAAGGAGCUGGCGGGAAUUAUGGAGCAGGCCAACUCCAAGGCGAAACCUCCCACGCCGCCGCCUGCAGUUAGCAUUGUCGUUGAGCCGCCCGUUGCGCUGGCGCCGGCUUGUGCGCUAGCGGCUUCCGCCGCGGUCGUCGCUGACAGGUCACAAGGCUCCUCCCACAGUUUAAGCGGGCCGUUGCGUAAGGGCGGCCCAUCAAACCAGCCCUCUCGCGAGGGGUCCCCAGAGCAGCUUUACAAUGACGAUGCCCGGCAGCCGACUGCAGUCCCGGCAACAACCGGGAGAGCAACCCCUCCUGCCAUACUUUCUCUAGCACCAUCGCCGUCGCCGGCAGCAGCACCGCCGUCGCCACUGCUGUACACGACACCGGUACUUGAGCCGCCGCCGCCGCCGGCACCGGUGCUGCCGGCAAGCCCGAGGCCCUUGUCUCGGCAGUCCUCACUUGGGCCUGUUCCGCCGCCACCACAACCGCCGCCGCCACAGCCGCCACCAUCGGGCAUACCCCCGAGCCGCAUCCUCCGCUCAAACAUAUCGGAACGCAACGAUCCCGUCAGGUCAAGGUUCACUUCCAGCUCCCGUCAGCUCGUGAGCCUCAAGCUGCCGCCGGAGGAGCUUCCCGCAGCCUUUAAUGCCGCCUCCGCCGCUGCAAUGGGGUCGGUGGCGAACGCCAUACCCUCCCUAGCGCCUAGUCUGGUGCUGGAAGUCGAGCUCUGGCGGGCUGACCUGCUGUCUGGUGUCCUGGAAGUGGACGAGCGCGGCCGGGUGAUCCGAGCGGAUGCAGCCUGCCCCUUGGGCCGGUCCGGCCUUGUAUUCGGCAUUUCCCCCUCAUCCCUAGUCGGCGGCACCCUAAACGAGCUCAUGCCCAUGCCCCCGGGCGGCAUGGCGGCGCUUCUUGACCCCGGCAGCGCCUCGGAUACCUCGGGCGUGCGUGGCGCCCUGAAGAAACACCGCAGCACCCGGCAUGCGCGGCCGGGCGCGACCACCGUGGUGACGGUACGGCACCAGAGUGAUUGCUGCCCCAUGGAGCUGCAACUGCAGGCCGUACGGCGCGCCGGGCCGCAGGGCAGUGCCUACGUGCUGGUACGACCCAGCGGGCCUACACCCGCUCCUGAAGGUUUUAUAAGAUGGUUGUACGAUAAUGACAUGUCAGGUCUCAUGGCGCGCGUUACUAAUUACGGCAACGCGCCGCGGACGACGCAGCCGGGCACGUCGGCAUCAACGCUGGGUAUGUUGAGCGCAGCCCAGGUUGUGGGCGCAGGUGGGGCUGGCGCCGCGGCCGCUGCUGCUGCUACUGCCACGCCCAAUGCCAGGACAACGAUCAUGUCGCGAGCCGUGUCUCUUGACGGGGCCGGCCGUAUCAGCGGCUUACCCUCAGAUGCCACCCCACGCAAAGCGGCAACCUUUAACCCGAUCGGCUUUGACGCCGCUGGGACAGCAACGCCCCCCGCGCCGCCGUCGCUGCCGCCACGCUCCCCGCGCACCAACUUGUCUGCAGUGCUGGCAGCCGCCGCAGCUGGACCGCCGCCGCCGCCACCCCCGCAACUGCUGAGCGCGCAGCUACCCCUGGAAGCCGCUUUGGGUCCCAUGCGUGUAGCGGCGCUGAGGGCCAGCAACGGAAACACCGCGAUAGGCGGCACCGCCCCCUCGCGGCUGUCUGUGAUCUCCCUUGCAGACCCUGUGGUUGCCUCUGAACGCCCCGAAUCCGCAACCACCGCCGCCGGUCCGCCCACUCCCGCCGACCCAACGCAACCCCCGCCAACCAUGGACACUACCAUUCUGGUCAGCAACAUCUCCCUGGAUACUGCGUUUGAGGCUUUAAAGGGCGGCGGCAGCGGGUACACCCAGAAGGAGAGCAACUUGGAUGUCGGGCGGCAGCAGUCCGUUCAGGCUCUGCUGGCGGAGGAGCAGAUGCCCAUGUCGCCACGGCAAGGCGCUUCGUUGCUCUUGCGGGGCGGUACAGACAUGGCAUCCGCGUACGCAAGCCCUCCAAGGAUAAAGGCAGCUGAUCCGAAGCACCGUAUGGUGCACUCCUGGGUCCAAGAGCACUUGACAGAGAAUGGCAAGCAAUCACCCGCGCUGGACGCCACCGUCAAGGCCUUUGCGCUUCCUCCCGCCGUCAGUCCCGACCCCGACCGCAUGGAUGGCGGCAGCGAGGGCAGCGGCCGGGACGCUGAGGGGAUGAGCUUGGACGGCGAUGGAGACCGGCAGAGCUCGGAUGGGGGCCGCGGAGACGAGUCGCCUCGCAACGGCGAUGCAGGCGGCGGCAGUGACGGUCGCGGAGGGGGUGCUGAGGACGACGGCGUGGAGAGUGAGGCGGGUGCGGUGGUGGCCAACUACUCCGUGGGCAAGAGGUUCAAGAAGCUGCACAAGAUACUGAUGAGCCCGCUGGCCCAGCAGCCAGCGCGGGUGCUUCGAUGGCACACCAUGAUUGCGGUGCUGCUGAUGCUGGGGGCGCACACCGCCGCCUUCGUCGUGCUGCUGACGCGGCUGAACGGCCAACACACCUCCGUAGCGGACCUGAACAGCGUGGCCAUGGCCUCCCGCCGAGUGCAUGAGAUUGCCAUUGACGGUCGCCUGCUGUCACGGCUGUAUGCGGGCGACAGCUACGUGCAGGGCCUGCCGGACUUCGGUGAACCGUUGAAUGACGUCCUCAACAGAACCUACACCGACCUUGAUUUCCUCAUCUCAUCUAUGAAGGUCCUGCACCACGGGGUGUACCUGGGCUUCCAUUCCCUGAAGCGCAUUACCACAAAAUACAACCUGCGGAACCUCUGGGAGCAGCCCUCCCUGAACAUCACCCUCUUCUACGACCCGGAUGACCCCUCCGCGCUGGCAUCCUUUGCAAACUCCAGCAUUGACCUGGCCAGCACCGGCGACCUGGGCGACCUGGGCACCGCGACGGUGCAUAUGGGGCUGUGGGACGCGGGCAAUCUCUACCUCACCAAGGCGCUCGACGUGUACAACAACGGACCGGCCAUGGUGGCGCAGGGCGGCAACUUCUCAGCUUGGUCGUCGUACCGAUUCAUCGAGGCCAACGGCGCCUCCAUCAUCUACCCCGCCUACCAGGAGACGCUGGACGGCAUGGUGCAGCUCACCGUGGCGGACAGCCGCGGCAUCUACAACCUGCAGCUGGUCAUACUGUGUCUGGAGGGCGGGCUGCUGUGCCUCAUGGCGUGCGUCUACAUGUGGAUCAUAGCUAGCAAUUUUUCCAAUAAGCGGUACAGCUUGUACGGCGUCUUCAUCCAGAUUCCGCUGGGCGUCACUCGCGGACUCGCUAACAUGUCCCUCAAGCUCGAGUCCGUGGAUGACGACGAGGAGGAUGAGGCGGCGCUGCAGACCACGGACGUGCCCAUGGAGAGCGGCGGCGGUGGUGGCGGGGGCGGCGAGGUGGUUCUCCUGACUGACGGCGUGGUGAAGGCGGCGGCAGGUGACGCCGGCAACGGAAACAACGGAAGCACCCGCAAGACCACUCUGCGCAUGGACGGGGUGCCGGGAGAGGGCCGUCGCCAGGCUAACUCGCUGUCGUUUGUGGUCAAGGGGUUGUUGGGCAGCAACAGCGCAAACGGCGGCGGUAGUGGCGGCGGUGGUGGCGGUGGGGCUGCGGAGGAGGAUGGCAGCGGGCGGCAUCAGGGUAGCGGCGGUGACGGCAGCGGCGGGCAGGGUGCUAAUGGCGGAGGUGGCGGCAGUGGCUCCCGGCUGCUGUCGUUGGGCAACAUGGUGGCUUCGCUGGCGGUGUGGCGCAAUCGGGCUAAGGUGGCUCCCCACGCAGCGGCGGCGGCGCUGACGGGCAAGACCAAGCGGCGGCUGGUUCACUCGCACCGGCUGGCCUACGCGCUGGUGGCGCCUUUCAUCCUGUGGGGCGCGGCCGUCAUCACGCUCAACCUGGUGGGCUACUACAGCCUGCAGGCGCUGACAGCGCCCAUCGCCACACUCAACGUGGUCAACGCAAUGUUUGUGCGCUGCCAUCGCAUCAUUUACUUUGUCCUGGAGGUGGCUGCUGCCAUGAGCGCCGCCGCAUGCGAGUACUACAAGGUGCUGCUGUCGGAGGAGCUGGAUGCCUGGAAGCUCGAGUAUGCUGCCAUGCUCUUCGGCAACCAGGUGGUCGCCAACGCCACCAGCCCGCACUUCCGCCUCGCCACCACGGGCGUCGUGUUCGGCGGCUUCCCCAAGCCCGCCAACCUGCUGUAUCACACCCUGGACUGCCUCAGCGCCGAGCCCUCCAGCUGCCAGCCCCCCAACAGCUCCUACUACCAGGUCACCCGCAAUGGGCUGGACGUGCUGCUGAAGGCGGAGUUCAGCAACGUGGAGUCGCUGCUGGUGCAGCCCACUGCCACCUCGGGACUCAACAGCACGGAGUUCCGGUUCGUGUGGAGCACGGGGCAGACGGAUCUGGAGGGCGGAGUGGGUCUGCUGAGCCAGAUGUACCUCAAUGAGGUGCAAAACGCGUACCAGAGGGUUGCCACGCAGCAAAUCGUGCUGCUGUGCAACGCCUGGGUGUUGGGCCUUGCUUACUUGGUGCUGCAGCUGCGGCCGCUGCUGCAUAAGGCCCACAGCGAGAUGCGGCGGAUCGCGGAGCUGCUGAGUCAGCUGCCUGGGGAGGUGGACUGCGAGGCGCUCGUGACGGCUGUCAUCCUGGGGGAGCGAGGCUCGGCGAUGCCGGCGUCCAUCACCAAGGGGACCAGCGGGGGCGCCGGCAGCAAGCAAGGUCGCCCCAAUGACGCUGGGUUCCCGCCGGGCGGUUCCUAUGGCAGACGCCGGGCCAACUCAAUAUCUGGCGCCAAAGGUUUUGACGCGCACGGCGGAAAGGAGGCGGAGUAGCGCCUUUCCUCCCUCUUAAAGGCUUAGGACACUGAACUACUACUUUAAAGUUGUUGCGAUACAUAACAGCCCAUGUGCUUCGUUGAAGUGGUGGUGGUUGCUCCUCGCGGUUGCUGUGCCUGUUGGCAAGGUAAAGAAGCAUUUUGGGGGAACGUCAUCCAAAGCGGAGAUGGCGGCAGGAAGUAUAAAAAUACUACAUGCAAACCUGGCCUGCAUUUACAACUCGAUCUGGGCGUGAUGAAGGGCGUGAAUGGGCAGCUGUUUCCAAGCGCCAUUCCUCCUCCCCCUCGGUCCAGAGGUGUAGUAUUGCGGAGGACGCUGCUUCACUCACCUGCCGGUAGUGUUGAAACGCACGGGGCCGCGUUCUGCCAGCGUUGUUCUUCGUAUUUGAAUUGGACUGUUUGCAGUGGCGGAAAGAUUGCGCGCCGAGUCGGAUAGGCGCCAGUAUCUUAUUAAUUGCCCGUUAUGUGUGUGUGCAUGCUAUUAUGGCUACCCGUUUACACGCGGCAAGCAAACGGCGUGUCGGUGGAACCUUCUUGACUGUUCCCAUGCUGCCUUCCUCGUGAGGGCCAGUGGAUCUAUGAAGUUAGACGGUUUUUGCCAACUGAAUUUAUGUAUGAAAUGUGCAUGGUGCUGUUUGCUGGUGGGGUAAUGGUGCUUGUAAGUUGUAUGUGCUACAUCUUACUGCGUCAGCCUUUACGUGAUCGGUUUUGCUUUGCGGGGCUGUCGUGGCCUUACUGUCUCAAGGCACGUGCCCGUGUCGUUUUUGCAAUGCUUUGGCUCAGCCUCCGCUUACCAUUCGGCGUGUAGAGCCGAAGCAUUACCCUAACUCGUUUGACGAAAGAAUUUGCAGGGGCAGGAAAGCUGUGUUGCAUUCCGCGCUCUCCUUGCUUGCAGACUUCGUCCGUGCAUGUCAUGUUCUGUACUGUAAUAUAGGGUUAAUAGCGCUAUGAGUAAAGCCAUGUGCUGGGUGGUGGUAAUGACUUGUCUGGGAGGCCAACCAUGCCAUGAAGACAGCAAGCUUGACGUCCAAGCAAGCAACUGUCUAGAUGACGAAUGGAGUCAUCCUCUAAAGCGUGACUAAUGCUAUGAUGGUGGUUGUGUGUGCGUGUGUUUUGAAGAUGUCGACUAGUGACGCAAAUUGCAAAGGGCUUUGGGUGCGGUUUAGGUGCUGGUAUGGAUGUUGAGGAGGAAUGCAUUCGCGUGUUUGUGUGAAGUCAACUUUUGUUGUGUGCGUGUGUGUAGUUCUCGUUGCGCGCAUUUGCGCUUUCCGACUGUCGCAGGAAGUACAUGCGAAUACAAGUCCAAGAUGGCUCAAGGGUAUCGGGGCCCAGGCUGCUUAUGGUUGCUUCAUACAACCAAGCAGCAGUACGUCAGGCAACGGUUCCUCUUUAGGGGUCCAGUUGUAAUAGUCUUUCAUUCA